UUUCUUCGUCCGCAGUGACCUCCGUCCCUUUAAACCGUUUAAUUCAUUGGCCGACCGUAGUUUUUCUGAUAGCAGCAUAGAUGCGGCUUCUGUCGUCUCUGGCCAUCACCGCAGUUUUCUGAAGAUAAAAUGGCCUUAUUAACGCCUCUGUUCGCCUUUCUGUAUCAUUUGCCGCAGGUGUACAAAUGGCUACUAAAACCGUACUACAUUGCCUCGUUAUUUAUGUGUCUCGCGUUCCUGUUUAUUCGCAAGACGCCUGGGAUAUGUGAACAUCUCUCGACGCAACGGGAGGAUGGAGAUUCAUGCGAAUUUGAUUGGAGAGAGGUAGAGAUCUUGAUGUUCCUGAGUGCUAUAGUCAUGAUGAAGAACAGAAGAGCGAUAACUGUUGAGCAGCACGUGGGGAACAUCAUCCUCUUUUGUAAAGUGGCCAAUGUGAUUCUGUUCUUCAGACUGGACAUACGUUUGGGGCUUCUAUACUUGACCCUGUGCAUUGUUUUUCUGAUGAUCUGCAAACCUCCACUUUACAUGGGCCCUGAGUACAUCAAAUACUUCAAUGAUAAAACCAUUGACGAGGAGUUGGAAAAGGACCACAGAGUGACUUGGAUUGUGGAGUUUUUUGCUAACUGGUCACCAGAGUGUCAGUCUUUCGCCUCAGUCUAUGCUGAUCUGUCCUUGAAGUACAACUGUGCAGGACUGAAAUUUGGCAAAGUGGACAUUGGCCGUUACAGCGAAGUUUCUAAGAAGUAUAAAGUUAGCACAUCUCCUCUCUCAAAGCAACUGCCCUCUCUGGUGCUCUUCCAGGGGGGAAAAGAGGUUAUGAGGCGCCCUCAGGUGGACAAGAAGGGAAGGGCAGUGUCUUGGACCUUCACAGAGGAAAAUAUUAUCCGGGAGUUUAACCUCAAUGAGCUGUAUCAGAAGUCAAAGAAGCUCAGUAAGACCAAAGGAGAGAAGAAUGAGAGGCCCAGUGAAUCACAAUUUGCCCCUGUGCCCGAAGAGGAGGAACCUGAGGCUGAGACCAUCAGUGCAAUGGACACAGAGAGCAAGAAGGACAAAUAGAAUGUGCAUCUGGGACAUAAUGGGACGGGACUCUAUUUUGCUAAUGUUCAGAGUGCAGAGAGAAAGUUUGUGGUUCCAGCUCAACAAACAGAAUGAUUGUUUUUUUUGUUUUGUUUGUUUAACAUACAGAACUUAAUUUAAUUACAAAAUCAGUCUAAUAAUAUAGUAAAUCUUACAUUUUUAUUAAAAUUUCAUCAUUAUAAAUACAGUGGACACAGUAUACUCAUGUCCAAAUAACCAUCAUACGGGAGUUAAACAGGUUAUUGAUGAUUCUGUCUGUCAGCUGUGUUGGUAUUUUAAUAAAAAUUAGACGCCUCUUACCUCUAAUAUGGUUUAUAAUUGUGAAGUGAACUUUUAUUAAAUUGUUAUUUUAUGUUGCAAAUGCAUCACUACUGGGGUACAAACCAUGUCCUUUCCUAUUGUACUAGUAGAUUCCUUUUUCCCCCCAAGUCACUCCUAGUUGUCUUCUAAUUUUCCAAGACAUACUGUAUCUUGGCUUGUAUUAUGGUACUGAAUAUACACCGUUUAAAGGGACAGUUUUCCAGUGGAUGCCAAAAUGAAAAGCUUUCACAGUAUUCACAUUUUUGAUAUUGACACUGUCCUUAUGUCUUGAUGCUGCAAAAAUUAUUCAGCUUUUUCCUUUGACCUGUAGACCCAAUUACACAUUUCUUUUUAGACUGUAUACUGGAUACUGCUGUAAAAGUCUUAAAUAUUUGUUUUGUAUAUUCAGUUUUUCACAUCAAUUUCCUUUGUGCUGAAUGAUAAAUGCCUUUUUAACAUUUCAUUUUUAUUUGAAACUGACAGACACAGAAGAAAGCUGCAGGCAGUCUUCAUAUUUUAACCUUCUUGAUCCAUUGCUGUCGCUGUGGGAAGCUAUUAUUGUCAAUGUAAAUUAAAUGUCAAAGCAGAAUAUUGUCACUAAUUUCCCUUAAAAAAAAAAAGAACAAUAUUGUUUGUGUGCCCUAUUAAGUAAACAAGUCUUGAUUUUCACUUA